CGCUACAAUACAAACCAUUCAAAUCUGGAAUUGCAUAAUACAACUUUCAUUUUUUUUAGUCUGCUGGUUCCCGCUGGUUCUUCUCCCGCUCGCAACGCAAUCUUCAACUCAAGGUGUCUCCCCCAAUCCAUAUGACGGAUCAGAACUCCCUCAAGAUCGCCAUAGCCAUUGCUCUCUUCCGCCUCAAGAAUCUCCACCCACAAUCCUCUUUCUCCUCCGAAUCCGAUGCUAUGCGAUGGAAGAAGAAGGCGAAGGAGAGGAAGCUGGAGAUUCUUAAGCUAAGAGAGGAGGUCAGGCUGCUUGAAGAUGGAAGAGGGUCAGAGGUUCUCCCUGAGAUCGCUUCUUGCAGGUGUCAUUUCUUUGACGAAUGCGGGGAUUUGAAAAUGAGUCGGGGUAAUGAGAGUGGAGGCCACUGGAUCAACGAAGUGCUGCGGAGGAGGUUCAUUAGACUUGUUAGGUGGAAGGGCAGGAAGAAAAAUGUGGAUAAUGGAUUGGUUAGGCGGAGGUUCUUUUCUGAGUUUGAUGAAGAAAAUGAAAUUGAGCGGCUUUGUACAUCGAUUGACUUCUUGGUUGAGUUUGCUGACGGGAUAUCACUGAAAGUUAACUAUAUACUGAACCGAUUUAUCUUGCUUGCUUCUACCUUCCCAAGAACUUUAUGUUUUAACUAUAUAUUGGACUUAACUCAUGCAGGGAGAAGCGACUCUUACUUUUCUGCAAUUUUUCACCAAGCUGUAGAUUUUAUUUUAGCAUCACUGAAGAACUUAUUGUCAUCACGAAAGGACACUGAACUGCUUGAAGAUAUUGUCAAUGGAUUAAUUUUACGCUUGGCAAGAAGGAUGUGUACCAAUAUAGAAUGUGAUGAAACUUCAGUUGGUAAUUCAGAUGUUCAAUUUUUGGUACAACACUUACUACGAAAGCUCGGAACUAUUGCAUUUGUUGGUCAGCAUGCAAUGCUUUUAAUAUCUCGGAAUAUAUCAGCCACGGCAGAGAGGAUGCUUUUCAUGGAUCCAUUUGAUGAUGCUUUUCCUAGUUUGCAUUGCAGCAUCUUCUUAAUCAGGAUGCAGCUGAUGGAGUUCCUUGUAUCAGACAAUUUUCAAAGUUGGACUUACGAAGAAGAUUUUGACUGUCGAUUGUUUGAAGAAUGGGUGAGAUCGAUUCUACAAACCCAAAAGGGAUUGCAACUUGUGGAGUCCAGGAAUGGUUUGUACACACUUUACAUGGAACGCUUAAUUGGGGGUGGUUUGGUGAAAAUUGUGGGGCCUCUUGUCUCUGCUGGCAGGCUUGAUUCACAACUUUUGUCUCAUCUUCUCAGCAACACGGACGGACGGACGGAUGCUAAUUAAGACAUAAUAAGAUUUAGAAGGCUAACCUUUUCAAGUAUAAGGGCAUUGUUGAGAUCCAACUUGAGGCCAUCAUUUAUGACAGAUUUGUACCUCAA